GUGACGUCACGGGGCGCUCCACGUGUCGUUGUUUACAGUGAGUCUGAGGAGCAGAGAUUGUGAAACUGUUCCUGGGUUGAGUUUCACUGCUGCUCUUCAUGUUUAGAUCUUCAUCAGAGUUAGCGAGAAUCACCAGCACACGAUAUUAGAAGAAUGUUCCAGAUGGUUCAGUUCUUAGUUCCCUCGGGGCCCAAGAUACCCAGAAACAUCAGCCUAUCGGCCCCGACCGGACAGACCCGGACUCAGACCACCUCCAAUGAGUUUCUACAACAUGUCCGAAGAGUCAGCGGUCUGAAGCAGCAGGAUGUGUUUUAUAACCUGCGUGUCCCAAACCAGAGUCAGAGCGACAGAGACGAGAUCAACCUGCUGCUGCUCACAGGUCACGGUGUGUUCUGCAUCGAUGUGAAGACGUGGGCCGGCUCUGUUUCGGUCAGCAGUGAGGUUCAGGUCAGAGCGGAGCAGCAGAACUUCAGCAGUGUCUCUGUCCAGCAGCUGCCCGACGCUCUUCAGGACAUUACAGUGAAGACCAGUAACCUGCACAGUCUCCUGAAGCGCUGUGGGCUGACCCUGCGGCCCGGUCUCUUCAUCCCCCGAGUGCUGCUGCUGUCCGCCGACUGCGUUCUGACCGAGGACCUGCUGCAGACGGAGCAGCUGCUGACCUGCGCAGACGUGGAGCCGUUCCUGCGCUCUCUGCGUGAGGGAUACGUGUCCUGGCUCUCCGACGCCUUCACGCCGUCCUGGAUCUCAGGGCACCUGUCGUACGGUCAGAUGCGGGCGGUGCGGGAGCAGCUGGAGCUCCUGGGCACCUGGGACGUCCUUCAGAUGAGCGGCGGUCAGGAGCUGGCCGGAGACUUCCAGAGCUGCCAGCAUCUCGCCCUCAACAGACAGGAAACAGAGCUGCUGGAGUUCAGCCGAACAGGAAGUGUGAUCACAGACACGCUCUGGAGCCUGCUGGGACACACACCACAGGUCACGGUCUCCAUGUACAAGCGAGGAGCGCAGGGGUGGCUGGGAAAACCGCUGAUCGCCACGGCAACCAUCCCCUCCAGCACACGCGUGAUCUUUCGUGUCCGAGGAGAAGCGAUGGACGCCAAGAUCCCGGCCGGAAGCAUCCGCUCCAUCACUCUGAGCGUCUGAAGAUCACAGAAACUCUCACGCUUCGGUCACUCAUUCCAUUACUCAGCGUUACUCCGAGUAUUAUCAUCACUAAUGUCCUUCACACGAACACGUGCUUUUUACCUUUUUAAUGAGCAGCUUUAAUAUUUGACAAUUGCUGAGAAAUGUUUUACUUUCCUAAUCAAACUGUAUUUGAUCAGAUUUUAAGUUCAAAGAGUCCAGCUUCUGUUUUCAUACUCUUGACUUUCUAGUAAAUCUUCACAUGAUUUUUAAUAUGUUACUAAUGUCUUUAAAGUAACUUUAAACCUCUGAACAUUGACAAGAUCCUGGUUGAUAUAGUCCUGCUGAUUAUGAGCACUUCUUGACCUUUUUAGUGAGAAUACUGAAGAUAUUUUGAGUAGUAAUAUUUAGUAAUACAGUAAUAUUUUCUCAUCUCCAUUUUGUUAGUUAAUCUGAAAGGAUUGAUAUUUCAUGCAAUAAAAUUCUUAGAGAUUU